GCCGACUGGUCCGCUGUUGGGCAGAGGACAUUGGAGGUGUCCGGGCUGCUCGGUCUGACGGGAAGAGAGCAGUAUUGGAGGGCGGGCACCCGCUGCCGCAGUGGCACCUGAGCCGGAAUACGUCACAGCCGGCGCACCAGGCAAAGCUUCAUGAGGAUGGAGCCGUACCCCAGCUCGGGCUCGGUACUCAGUAUCGCCGACCUGAUCCGGCCAUCUCCGGCCCGCGGCGGCGGCCUCUGCCCCUCCGGACCCGCUGGAGGAGUCUGUCCGGAGCCGAGCGAGGCCCGGGUGCCGGCGCUGCCCGCCGAACAGCUCACACCACAGCCCGACCCACACCUGGAGCAGUUCUCAUCAGCGGCCCGCUCCAAGGGGUACCGGCUCGAGCGGCACCUCGACGAGCUGGCAGAGCGGCGCGACGAGCGAGCCGAGUCGAGGGCUCGCGUCGAGCCGGGCGAGCGGGCCACCAGAGACGUCCCGGAUAACCACGACAGUGGGAAUGGAGCCCCGACCCGCGAGCCGGCGCUGCGAGAGGCUGAUGAGAACCGCGCCCUGCCCGGCUUCCGACUCAAAGCAUCCGGCAAGAAGGCCCGCGUCGGCAAAGUGAUGCGGCUGAACGUGAACGCCCGCGAGCGGCGCUGCAUGCACGACCUCAACGACGCGCUGGACGAGCUGCGCUCCGUCAUCCCGUACGCGCACUCGCCCUCUGUGCGCAAACUGAGCAAGAUCGCCACCCUGCUGCUGGGCAAAAACUACAUCAUGAUGCAGGGGAACGCUAUCGAGGAGCUGCGCAGGAUAAUCGCCUACCUCAGCCACCUGACGGGGAUCCACGUGCCGACGCCGGCGAUGGCGGCGUACGACUCUCUCAAUCUGCAGGGAAACCUGCAGCCGCGCGUCGGCCUCUUACCGGCGCUGGGCGAGGACGUGAGGCCAGAGUUCAGCAUGUCACCGUCGCCGCAGGGCCUCAGCGACUGAGCCAGCUGUGGCUCAGUGAUUGAGCCGCCUGUGGCUCGGCGGCCGAGACGGCGGUGGCUCAGCGACUGACUCGGCUGUGCGCCGCGGGGGCCCUCCGGUUUAGCAACUGAAACUGAGCCGGCAGCCGGUGGCAGAGACCGAGACUGAGACGGGGUCUUUGUUGGACACGCGGCGGAGAAAGCUGUCCCUGGUGUGGGAGUCUGUCCCGCCCGCGGUACGUGGAAUGGUAUCUGCGUGUGUGAAUAUAAAAUUGUCAAAUGAAAAGAGCUGGCGACAAACGCCAGACUGCGUGCGGCUUGUGAGUGGAAAUUAGCACAAUAAUUGUCAGAGCCACUGAUUAGGUGUUGGAACAAUCGACUUUGUUGUCUUGCAGCAAUCUGACAUUCUUGUUGCUAAAAUCCAGGCUGAACGAUUGCUCGGAUACAGACAACUGGAUACGUGAUGAUUUAUUGAAACUAUUAGUGAUUGCGAGUAUGGGAGCUCGAGUGAGUGUGUGUCGCUUCCGUGAAUGGUGAACGCUGCACUGUAAUAUAUUAAUUUGUGAAUGGUGAUAGCGUUCCCUCACCCGCUGAUCAUCAGUGGUUUAAUUCAUGAAGAUGUGUUACUGACGACGAGUGUGCCAAUUAACUUUGGAUGGUG